AUGGGAUAUAUCGCUUUGGCAACUACGACUUCUGGUGUCACUGCUUCUAUUCUCCCUGGUGGGCGUACUGCACAUUCACGCUUUAAAAUUCCUAUUGAUAUUGACGAGAAUGUCAGCUGCAAUAUUAGUAAGCAAAGCGCACUUGCGAGUUUAAUUCGCGACGCAAAAUUGAUUGUAUGGGAUGAGGCAUCUAUGGCAAAUAAAAGAAUGCUAGAAGUUUUUCAUUUGCUACUAAAAGAUCUCAUGGAUACAAAUGUAUUAUUCGGUGGAAAAGUAGUUGUUUAUGGGGGUGAUUUUAGACAAACUCUUCCCGUUGUGAGAAAUGGAAAAAAGGAAGAUUUCAUUAAUCAAAGUUUGUUAUAUUCCAGCAUUUGGGACAAGCAAGAAAAAAUACAAUUAUCUGAGAAUAUGAGGGCAAAAACAAAUCCUGCGUUCUGUGAUUAUUUGCUAAGAAUUGGGAAUGGACAAGAACGUGUUAACGCAACAAACAACAUUGAAGUACCAAAUUCUUUAAUUGUGCAUUUCACAACUGAAAGAGAAUCUUUAGAUAAACUAUUCACAGUGACAUAUCCAUAUUUGAAUUCAUCUGGUUAUGACGCUUCUUGUACAGACUCCCGUGUAAUUUUGACAACAAAACAUAAUUUUGUCGAUGAAAUCAAUGAUAUGUUUAUUGAUCAAUUUUCAGGAAAAGCAAGAACAUUUGUUGGUAUUGAUGAGACCAUUGAAUCUGACAAUCAAUCACCAUUUGAAGAUCUAUUGCAUACUUUAAACCCUGCAGGUUUGCCUCCGUACAUAUUAUCUUUGAAAAAGAAUUGUCCAAUUAUAUUAUUACGAAACUUAAAUCCAUAUGAAGAUUUAUGCAAUGGCACGCGAUUAAAUUGUUGUGAAUUUAAAACUCAUGUUCUAAGUGCUAAGAUUGCAGCGGAUGAUUUCAAGAAUACGCAUGUAUUUAUUCCAAGAAUACCAUUGUUAUCAUCAAAUGAUGAAAAAUUGCCUGUUCAAUUCAAGAGAACACAAUUCCCAGUCAGAUUAUGCUUUGCUAUGACUAUAAAUAAAGCGCAGGGUCAGACAUUAGAUUUUGUGGGAAUUUAUUUGCGUGAACCUCUAUUUUCCCAUGGCCAACUUCAUGUUGCCUUAUAUAGAGCAAAGAGUUCGAAAUGUGUGAAAUUGUCGAUUUGA